AUGAGCAGUGGGGCUGUUCAGGUACCACCAGAACUGGCAAGCAAAGUGUCAGCUUGGUUCGAAAACGACAAGAACGAACACACAAGGAAGGAAAUCACGGAAUUGGUUAACUCACAGAAUUGGCAUGAAUUGCACUUACGUUUGGAUUCCAGGAUCGCAUUUGGGACAGCUGGCUUGCGUGCUAGAAUGGAAGCAGGGGUUAGCAGAAUGAACACAUUAACAGUUCUUCAGGCAUCGCAGGGAUUGGCUAAGUACUUGCAGGACAAGUUUCCAACUAACAAGAGCGUGGUUGUUGGACACGAUCACAGAUUCAACUCCAAAGAAUUUGCCCAGGUCACAAUUGCUGCUUUCCUUCAACUUGGUUUUACAGUUUACGAUUUGUGCUUUGUGGAAAAUGAUGGCACUCAAGAUGUCUAUGUACACACACCGUUGGUGCCGUUCGCAAUUGAUCAAUUGAAUGCUAGCGGUGGUGUCAUGAUUACGGCUAGUCACAAUCCUAAACUGGACAAUGGCUACAAAGUCUACUAUUCUAAUGGGUGUCAAAUAAUUCCUCCUCACGAUCGCCUCAUAGCGCAGUCCAUCGACGACAACCUCAAGCCCUGGGAUGAUGCGUGGAAUUACGAUUCGAUCAAAGCAGGGGCAAUUGCAAGUGGUAAGCUCAUUGACGCUAAAUCAGACAUCACUCAGAAAUACGUGAGUGCGGUCGCAAAGCGACUUGUUUUUACAGAACUAUCCAGCACCAAAAACAAACCCUGGUUCGUAUACACACCUAUGCACGGUGUUGGAUCCGAGAUCUUUGAACGCAUUGUCGAAAAGGUCUGGGGGCUAAAAGGCAAUGUGGAUUACCUAUGUGUUCCGCAACAGAAGAAUCCCGAUCCCGAGUUCCCAACGGUCAGUUUUCCAAACCCUGAGGAGAAAGGCGCAUUGGAUUUGGCGAUUUCGUUGGCCGAAAAGAAUGACAUAUCUUUUGUCCUUGCGAAUGACCCUGAUGCCGACCGCUUCUCUGCAGCCGUCAAGUAUGAAAACAAAUGGAAACAACUAUCCGGCAACGAGAUCGGUUUCCUCUUUGCCCAACAAACCUGGGAUUCUUACAAGCAAGAAAACGAGGAGUUUCAACGUGCAAACCCUCUUGUACUUAUCAACUCGACGGUGUCAUCGCAAAUGAUCAAACGAAUGGCUGAGGUAGAAGGGUUCGAAUAUCGGGAUACCUUGACUGGGUUUAAGUGGCUUGGUAAUCAGGCUCGCUCACUGGAAAAGGAGGGUCUCUACGUUCCCUUUGCCUUCGAAGAAGCUAUAGGCUACAUGUUUUCGAAAGUUGUGCACGACAAAGACGGAAUAAGUGCAGCUGUUGUUUUCUUACAAAUGAUUGCCAAUUGGAAAGCCAAGGGCCUAUCACCCAUUGACAUUUUACGUCGCGCUUUCGCUCGUUAUGGUUAUUUCCAAGAGUACAACGGCUACUACACUGUACCCAAUCCUACUGUCACCAACGUUAUUUUUGGGGCAAUUCGCGACUCGUACCGGAAUCAUGGACAACAGCAUCCUUCGACGCUGGGCGACGAAUUCACUGUUGAGACCUUCACAGAUUUGACCAUCGGCUAUCAGUCGGACACUCCCAACAAUGUGCCUAGACUGCCUGUCGAUUCUUCCUCUCAGAUGAUCACUGCCGUUCUGCGGUCUCGGUUGCAUUCGGAUGACUACGUGAGAUUUACGACCAGAGGCUCCGGCACUGAGCCCAAAUUGAAGGUCUACAUCGAAGCUAUUUCUGAUUCGGAGGAGAAAGCUCGUGCUUUAGCGAAAAGAACUUGGGAUACACUAAAAGAAUGCUGGUUUAAACCGCAGGAGAUGGGGCUGACUACAAAUUUUUGA